AUUUUUCCAUUGUUACUGUUGUUAACGCUACUGAAUGUGUGAUUCAGUGUUGAUGUCGUUAUAAAAAAACUAAACCUAAAACCUAAACUUAAAUCAAUGUUUACAUCUGUUACGUUACAAUCGUUUGAAAUAUAUUCAAUUCUUAAAUUCGAAAACGCUGCAUUGUUAUCUUUGAUUUUAUGCGUGAUUUUCUUGAUUAUAAGUUUGGGUCUGUUAAAGCAAACUGUUCUUUUAAUGUUUCGGUAGAUACACAAUAUACCAAAUGAUUCAAGUUUAUUUAUUUCUCUUUGAUGUUUUUUUUCAACUAUUAAUUUCUUAUAUUGGUUUGUCGUAUUCAGUAGACUAAAUAGCUGAUUUUGUAUGACUUAUCGAAAAAUGUUGGAUUUUUUUUCCCUGGUAUACUUCUGGAAUGGCAAAGCAAGUAUAUUGUUUUAGCGUAUUUUGCUUUUUACGUAACGGUUGUUAGACACCUUCAAUAUUUUUGGACAUUUUCCUUUUUUUUUUUUGAUUGCACAUGUUUAUAUUUUUAGACGUUUUGUUUCAGGUUAUAAACAUAGAAUAAUGCAGAUUGUGAGCAACCUUGAUCCCAGGGCUUUUUUUAUCUUUUUCACCAUCCUGUUAUAAAAGAGCCAAAGAGUUUAAAUAGAGCUAUGAAAAAAUUAUCCAAUCAUGUUCCAUAAAUUUUUCAAGAACCAUGGGAAACCAACUUGAUAGGGAGAAGCUUGGUGUUGCACAAACCAUGGCCAGCCAGCAAAACACAAGUGAUAGUUGCUGGGAGACUAUAGCUGCCACACCUUCUUUUUCGAAAACAAGAAACUACAAAUGUGAAAGGAUUGCCCCACCUCCCAAAAUCCACAAGGGUACACCACUUCCUAAAGAAACUUCUCAUGCGACCUAUAAAUGCAAUGGACGUCAAAGGAGAUGGUCACAAAACAGAAAAGCAAAGUCAGCAGCCACAGACGUAACAGCAACUAAAAAUUUGAAAGUAUUGCAUGAGGAAGCAGAAAAUCCUGCCUUAGAUCAAGAUUUUGACGAAAAUAAGAAUUCAACUAUUGUUCAAGGCGGAGUAUCAAUAUGUCAACCACAUAUUUUUGGUUUGUCACCUAUCAAGGGUAACGCUCCAAAAACGAAGGAAAAAGUUGUUGCGCCGCUAAAGCAUUACUUGGUUAAUACACUGAAGUCGCCUGACAGUUCUCAAUCUAAAGUUGAAAAAUGGCUAGCCAGUACUGAAAAACAUUUUAAGAAAAAGGACUUUUCACAUUCAGUAGCUCAACCAAUACCAUUUUCUUCUGAUGUAUCACCGACCAAUCAUAAUUUGCGAACUAGGAAAAAAAUCAAUAAAAUAUCUCAGGGUGAGAACAAGGUUUGUCAAAACGACGAGCUCUCCAAUUCAGAUAUUGAUGAAAUUGUAGAUAAUAAUAAUAAUAAUAUUAAUGAUGACAACAGAUUGGACGAUUCCAGUCACGUGGAGGAUUGUGUUGGUGAAAAUAUAAAUGAAAGGACAGAGCAAAUAGAUAAACAAGAAGAUGAAUUUUCACCAAUUCCCUCUGAGUUUAACGAAGUUUACCAAGAGGAAAAUUCCCUAGAGAGUUGUAUUAUGUCAGAGAUUGUCGAAAUUCGUAAAGCUAAUAAAACUAAAGCCAAAACAACUACUGAAUCUCACAGCAAAGAUAAAAAGAAAAGUAGAAAAAAAAGAAAAAGAAUUGCUAUGAAAAUUUCUCCAAAAAAAGUAAAAAGAAACACUACGAAGAAAAAAAACAAACCCACGGGGAAGAGAUUACCACUUCCAACUGUUCCCAGCAAACCAGGGAAUGUGACUUUAAAAAAUGGUAGUUUGUGUUUUUUGAAGAAGGGAUACAACUUACGAAGCUGUCCUGUUAGUGAUGAUAAAAUAUGUACGUAUGUGUGCAAUACAAAACUAACCAAUCAGAAGGAAACGUUUGAAGUGAACGAAGAGAAGAAUUUAAAAAUUACUGAAACUGAAGUGACAGUUGAAAACGAGAAUACAGAUGUGUGUGAGAAAAAUUGUACAGAUGAAACUCCACCCAAUGAGAUUCGCUCAAAUAAUGAAAGUGGUCGGCGGAAGCUAUCCUUUUUGCCACGGAGAAAAUUAAGUACAACGGAAGAUGUAAUUUCUAAUGAAGUAGAUGCAUGUGUGCCAGAUCUGACUUGUUGCUUAUUUGGCGAAGAAACAGACUUAAAGUUACCGUUCACUCCGCAGCAAAAAUCUGUGAAAUGCUCAAGUGAGAGUUCCUAUCCAUCGGACUGUUUGUCGUUUUAACGUUUGAGGUUGUUGUUGUUGUUGAUGUUUGUGUUAUGUUUGUUUUGUGACUUGUUCAAAAUGUUUUGGAAUAUUUACCGAUAAUUUUUUUUUUAAAAAAAAACGUUUUUAUUUGUGUAAUAUAGUUAUAUAUAUUUAUAUUUUAUUUUUAGAAUAAUAUUAAUUUUCGAAAUGUCAAAAAUAUUUCAAUUUUAAGUAUAUUUGAAAAACAUUAUUUGUUGAGCUGA